AUGGCUUCAACAUUGAAAGUGGUGCUCUUGUUACUCUUCUCUAGCUUUACUAUCUCGCCUAUCUCUUGCUACAAGGGUGCGCAGCACCCACUAGACCCUCUAUCCCCAAAAGAAUUGACCCUUGUCCAAACCAUUGUCAAGAAAUCAUACAACCCUAGCUCAAACAACAGCAUAUCAUUCCAUUAUGUAGGGUUAGAUGAGCCAGAAAAACCAACUGUUCUGUCAUGGCUAUCGAAACCCAGCACCAAAACCCUUCCUCGCCGGGCACUAGUCUUUACUCGAGUAAAUGAGCAAACCCAUGAAAUUAUUGUAGACUUAUCCAAACGCAUCAUUGUAUAUGAUGAAGUUUACAAGGGACUUGGCUAUCCUUUACUUACAGCUGACGAGCAAAUAGCUGCAAUUCAGUUGCCAUUAAAAUACGGCCCCUUUAUCGAAUCAACUAAAAGGAGAGACCUUAACGUUUCAUAUGUUGUUUGUUCUACUUUUACAGUGGGGUGGUUUGGAGGAGUUGAGAGAACUAAAAGGGUGGUAAAGGUUCAAUGUUUUUAUAACAAGGGCACCGUUAAUUUGUACCUCAGACCAAUAGAGGGAAUACGAAUAGUUGUCGAUCUUGAUAAAAUGAAGAUUGUUGAAUACAGUGACGCGUUCAAGAUUCCGGUACCAAAAGCAGAGGGAACUGACUACAGAUUUUCCAAGCAGCAUCCGCCUUUUGGUCCCCGUAUCAACGGUGCAGCCAUCAUGCAAACGAAUGGACCUGGCUUCGAGAUUGAUGGCCAUACUAUCAG